UCAUCAUCAACACCAUUGUUAAAUAAAUGCAACAUACGUGUAACCUAAACAGGAGAAUUCACAAAGCGUACUGAAGCUAAAGUGCUGACUGAAGUAUUUAAUGAUGAGAUCAAAUAAAUAUGUGGAAAGCAGAUGAACAAAGAUUUACUUGCAUGUUGAACUUAUUAGGUGGCAUCUGAAUUAAAAGUUGGAAGGAAGAGUGCCCUGGCUGUUUUGGAAGGAUUUCAUUCUGAAGCUUAAAGAAGGAACCUACAGAGAUGAGCAAUGCGACCGUCCUUGUGUCGGAGUUUGUGCUGCACUGUGAAAUCAGACCAGAAAUUAGAAACUUUACAGUUGUUGCCCUGGCCAUUGUUUAUCUGGCGACCGUUUUUGGAAACCUUUUGGUCAUACUAGUAAUAAUCCUGGACCGCCAUCUCCAAACUCCCAUGUUUUUUUUCAUUGGUGCCCUUGCUGUUAUAGACUUGCUACACAACACUAACCUCAUCCCUAAAAUGAUGGCUCUUCUUCUGUUUGACACGUCUCCGGUGCCGUAUGGUGCCUGCUUGGUUCAGAUGUUUCUUGUCUUUCAUCUUGAGAUUGUAGAGGCCUUUCUCUUCACUCUCAUGGCGUAUGACCGCUACGUUGCAGUCAUUUACCCGUUGAGAUACCCUCAGCUUGUGACGGGUAGAACUGUGUGGGCAGGCAUCUUAGUGUGCAAUAUUAUCUCAAGCAUGCCAAUGACUGUAUAUAUGAUAUUUGUCACUGAACUUUCCUUUUGUCGCACUAAUGUCCUACCUUACUGUUUCUGUGACUAUGCCACCAUGGUUCACGUUUCUUGCAAUGACAAUGCUAAAUACUUAAGUUUUCUCUCAACAAUUGCAGUUACAUAUGGUUCUGGAACCUUGAUACUGACCAUCAUUUCUUAUGGCAAGAUUGCCCAAGCGGCGCUUAAGAUUUCAUCGACUGAAGGCAAGAAAAAGGUCUUCGAUGUCCUUGUCACACACCUGCUUGUGGUGUUGCUGUUUUAUUUACCACUGAUGACUGCUUUCAUUCUUCCUGGAUUAGGAGUAAAGUUGUCAACCGAAGCCUACAACACUCUGGUUAUAGUCGCUACUAUCCUCCCGCCAAUGAUCAAUCCCAUCAUCUACAGCUUUAGGAACAAGGAAAUGAAAAACGCAAUAAAUAAAAUUUUUACUGGAAAGAGAACAACUCCGGAAAUCGACAACCGAACAUAA